AUGGCUUCCGCCGUCGCUAGCAGCUGUCCCGCCCUGGCCAACGUCAAGAAGAUGCUCGCCGAGCCGUCGGCCACCGGUGCGCCCGUUGCCUACUGCGCGCUCAGCCCGGCCGCCGUCCGUCGCCUUUGCAGCACCCAGGGCAAGGAGGCCCGCCGCUCCGACGACGACGAUGACACUGACACCAACGGCGAGUACAAGGAUGCCGACGCCGUGGGCCGACGCCGUGCUCGCGAAACCGACCGGCCCAGCUUCUUCUCCCACGAUGUGUUCGACCGGUUCGGCGCGCCGACGAGCCUGGGCCGUCUGCUGGGUCUGAUGGAGGACGCAGUCUCUGCUUCUGGUCCGAGCGGCCUCUCCUCCGCGGCGUGGCGCGGGUGGCCGGUGGCGAAGGAGGACGACGAGGCGGUGUAUCUGAAGGUGCCGAUGCCGGGGCUGGGGAAGGGACACGUGAAGGUGUCGGCGGAGCAGAACAGCCUGGUGAUCAAGGGGGAGGGCGAGAAGGAUGCCUGGGACGGUGACAAGGACGACGCCGCGGUGCCCAAGUACAGCGCCCGCAUCGAGAUGCCCGCCAACGCGUUCAAGGUGGACAAGAUCAAGGCCGAGAUGAAGAACGGCGUGCUCAUGGUGACCGUGCCCAAGCUCAAGAAGACGUGUUCCAGAUCGCCAUCGAGUAGGUAGCUAGGGAGACGG